GGAUGCCUCGUCAUCCGUACGGAGAUCAAUGACACUAUCAUCCAAAAAACUUACGUUGAUACAGGUAGCUCCGUCAACGUUAUGUACCUCAGCACUUUCAAUGAGCUACACCUGGAGAGGGAGUCCUUUCGGCCCAUCAAGACCCCUCUUUCCGGCUUCACCGGGGACACCAUUGAUUCCGAGGGGGUCAUUACCCUCCCGAUACUAUUCGGUGACAGGCUCCAUAGGGCCAAGAUCGAAGUGGAGUUCGUCGUCGUCAACAUCGACCGCCAUACAUUUUCAUGUUUGAUUUUCUUUUUAAUUUUUAAAGUGUAUUCUUUUCUUUUCCUCAAUAUCAAGUUGGAUUGUGCUAGCAAAAGAGAUGGUUCAUCUUUCUCUGUUUUUACUUCCUUGCUUCUGGAUAGCAGACAAACCUACCUUGCAGGCUCCAAAAAAAUCCAACUUGUCAGACAAUCCUAGGAAUCCCAGGGAAAUAAGAAAGAAAUGGCUUGUACUCGGGUAUGGUCUUCAUUCCAAUUCUAAUUAGCAAUUUAGCAUACAAAAUCAUUCUCGUGGUCUUCAAGUUGCAUUGGUUGAAUGAACAAAAAAUGGGCAAAUUCUAUUGGGAAUAAUUUAUUGUAUUUAAUAUUUUGUAAUUAAUAGUCUAUCCUUUUGUAUUCCUUAGGACAGACCUAUCGUUUAACUUUCUAGCUUCUUCUCUUUUCAUUUCAUGAAAGCAUGGAAAGACAAACAAUUGGAUUUCCUCCACAUACUUUCUUUUACUUUAUGGUAUCAAAGCCAGGUUUGCUUCCUGUGUUCUCGUCGUUCUUAACAUGGCUGAAGAUGAUAAAAUUCCUUCACCAUCAAAUCCCCUUUUCACUCUCAGCCCAAAUGAUAAUCCUGGAGCUAUUAUUACUCAUGUUGUCCAAAAGGGAUCUAAUUAUGAAGAAUGGGCAAAGGGAAUUCGAGUAUCUUUACGGGCUAAGUGCAAAUCACAAUUUAUUGACGGUACGGUGGAGCAACCGGACGAAGGAUCUCCAGACCUUGAGCGGUGGUGGACAGUAAAUUCAAUGAUAGUAGCCUAGAUUUUUAAUACCAUCGAUCCUACUGUGCGAUCAACCAUUUCCUACACAGAUGUAGCUUUUGACUUGUGGGAAGAUAUAAAACAGAGAUUUUCAGUAGGAAAUGAGGUGAAGGUCUAUCAUAUAAAAUCUGAAAUUGCAGAAUGUAAACAAAAGGGCGGCGAAUCCAUCAUGAACUAUUAUGGCCGCUUGAAGAAACUAUGAGAUGAUUUGAAUGAUUAUGAUCCUUUACCGACCUGUAAAUGCAACGGUUGCAUGUGCGAUUUAAAAUCUUUGUUUCGCAAGCGACGGGAUAUGCAACUGAUCCUAGAGAAUGUUCUUUACGUGCCAAACUUUAAUUGCAAUUUGCUCUCUGUGACUCUGUAUCAAAAUUGCUGCAAAACAACAGAUUAAGUAUACAUUUCACUAAUUUGAGUUGUGUUGUAGACCGUAUCUUGAGGAUGAAGAUUGGUGUGGGUGAGCAGAUUGGGGGGCUCUUCCAUAUGUCAAGGGGGGAGCCAGCUCAGGUCAACAACGUAAUCAGUGAGGAUGUUGAACUAUGGCAUAAAAGAUUGGGUCAUCCUUCUUUACAUGUAUUGGAGUUUUUACAGCAACUUGGAAACUUGAAUAAAAGUAAUCGUAAGUUAGCCGAAAAGCCUUGUGAUAUAUGUCAAAGAGCAAAACAGACUCGUGAUAAUUUUCCGAUCAAUGGAAAUAAAGCAAACACUUUAUUUGAGCUAAUUUACUGUGAUAUUUGGGGUCCUUACCAUGAGAACCGUGCAUGUGGUUCAAAAUAUUUCUUGACUAUUGUUGAUGACUAUUCAAGGAGUGUUUGGGUUUAUUUGAUGAAAAAUAAAAGUGAUGCUCCGUGUUUGCUGUUGAA